GCAGAAUCAAAAAGGUUGUGGUUAGGGUGGAGGAGCUUAACAAAUAAAUAGACAGAAUAAGAACACAGCGUACAGAGACAGAAAACCUGAACCUGCAGCUAAAAGACAAAGAGGUACUAAAAACAGCCUCCAUCUGAAGACAGUUUCUACAGAGUGAUCAUGGCUGAGUACAAGAUAGAGGUGACAACAGGUGACAUGCAAUAUGCAGGAACAUGGGACCACAUAUAUGUCACCUUAAUUGGAGCUGAAGGGCAGAGUGAGAGAACUGAGUUGGACAACUAUGGCUUUGACUUUUCAACUGGAACAACAGGGACCUACACCAUGAAAACCAGUUCGUCUCUGGGGAAACUUCUGCUGGUCAAAGUGGAGAAAGACCCGUUUUUGAUUCUCCCAGAAGAUGAGUGGUACUUCUCCAAAAUAGUGGUGACGACUCCGGAAGGAGAAGCCAUUCUUUUCCCCUGUUACAGAUGGAUCUCCAGGGGAGAACUGGUGGAGCUGAGAGGAGGGAAAGCCAUGAAGGGUUGUGAGGAGGACCACCCCCUGUUGAUUGACCACCGGAAAAAAGAGCUCACACUUAAAAAGAGCUUGUACCAAUGGAAGAUUAUGGCUGAUGGACUACCCCAAAUCAUCCAUUUUGAUGAUCCAACUGAGAUCCCACCUGACUUUCGUUUCUCUAAGUCCAAGAUAUCUGAACAAACUUAUUCAAAAAUGAUAAUCGGUCUUGAACUGAAGUUGAAGGGGCUGGUUGGAUCUAAUGAAAAGUGGGAAAGCAUUGAAGACAUGAAAAAAAUCUUCUGCUGCAAAAAGACGCCAAUGUCAGAGUAUGUUACAGAGCACUGGAAGGAAGACGACUUUUAUGGAUCCCAGUUUCUGAACGGAGUCAACCCCAAUGUGAUCAAGCACUGCUUAGAGCUUCCCCCAAACUUUCCAGUCACAGAGGAGAUGGUGAAGCCGUUCCUGGCAGAGGGAACCUCUCUGCAGAAGGAAAUGGAGAAAGGCAACAUAUUCCUCUAUGACCAGAAGAGGAUGAAUGGAAUAACCCCCAGAACCUAUAAUGGUGAACCUCUGCACGUGACUGCUGGUCUCUGUUUACUCUACAUGAACCCAGAAAACAAACUGAUGCCAAUAGCAAUACAGCUGCACCAACAACCCUCUGAGCAGAACCCCAUCUUUCUGCCCAGUGACCCAGAGACUGACUGGCUGCUGGCCAAGAUGUUCAUCAAAAAUGCAGAUUUCAUGGAUCAUCAAGCCGUUCAUCACUUCAUGAACACUCACUUUCUGGCUGAGGUCUAUACUGUUGCCGCUCUCCGCAGCUUCUCUGUGAUUCACCCCCUCUAUAAGCUGCUGGUUCCACACUUCCGAUACACUCUCUACCUAAAUACUAGAGGCCGCAAAGCUCUUUUUGGACCUGAUGGGGUUUUGAGUAUGAGUUCACUUGGCUAUGAUGGACUGCGGGAGCUCAUGAGAAGGGCUCACUCUGAAACAACCUACAGCUCCCUCUGCCUGCCAGAGAACAUCACUGCACGAGGACUGGAGUCCAUACCCAACUUCUACUACAGAGAUGAUGGCCUGAAGCUGUGGAACAUCAUCAACAGCUUUGUGAAGGCAGUGGUGGAGUACUUCUACCCCUCAGACAGUGAGGUGCUUAAAGACACUGAGCUCCAGGAUUGGAUCAGUGAGAUAUUUACACAUGGCUUCUUAGGAAACAAAGCUUCAGGGUUUCCAGCAGGCUUUCAGACUGUCCAGGAAGUGAUCAAGUUCAUCACCAUGGUGAUCUUCACAGUGACGGUUCAACAUGCUGCAGUACACAAUGGGGAGUUUGAUUACCAGUCCUGGACGCCUAAUGGCUCGCUGCUGCUGCACAAAGCUCCUCCGACCACUAAGGGGCAGUCAAGCAAGGAGACAAUUUUGGAGACCCUCCAAAAUGUUGGCGAGACAGUGAAAUUUGCAGCAUUGACUUGGUUGCUUUCAGACAAGUACACAGAUGUUGUUACCUUGGGUUCAUACCCUGAAGAACGAUUCAAUGAGCCUGCCCCUAAGCAGAUGAUGAAGAAAUUUCAAGCAGAGCUGUCCUCCCUCAGUGAAGCAAUUACAACAAGAAACUCACAGCUUGAAGUACCCUACACAUAUCUGAACCCUACUCAGAUAGAAAACAGUGUAACUGUUUGAGAAAGUCUGAAGGAGCCAUUCUGCAUGAAACAAUGGCACCAUGCAUUUCUCAAAACCUGUCUUGCAUGUCGGGAGGUGUGUUAUACUUUGCAUGUGGUAAAUACAAUAGGUGAGGUGUUAGAGCCAGUUAGUGAGGUGUUGCAUGCUGGGACAAAAGGACAAUGUAUAUUUUGGGUAUGUCAUGAUGAGCUGGUCUGUGGUAUGCUAACAAUGUUGAUAUGGUGUUAUCUGAAUCAGUUACCAAUAAAAAACCUUACCAGUUCCUACUGGUACUUAUAUGCAAGUAAGUGAAAGACGAUAACACUAUGGGGAACAGGGGAAUAAUAACUGUUCUUUAAAAGAAACACAUAAUACUCUUUUUUGUAAUGCUGGUAAUCUACUGGGUAUAGUACUGGGAAACAAAAAAUAAGUUUGGGGUAAAGGGUUUAACGUGUAGGCCUAUAUUCUGUGGAACCUAUUGUUGGGAUCACUGGACUCCACAGUUGAUGUAUUUGUGCAACUCUAAACUGGACAUAAAAGCACGUCCUGUAAGUUCAGCCCACUCAAAAUGGCAGCUGAAGCCCCUUUGUUCUUGAGACAAAAGAAAAUCAACUCAGUUUCCCACAGUCCUCCAAGUUUUUGCACCUAGGCCAUUUUUCAUUCUACUGGUCACUAUGGCAAGUGGCCCACAUCGUCAUCUGGUCAAUACAAGGGGAAAGUGUCCAUUAUUCUUUCUCCUAAGACCUCCACAGAGGAGAGUCAUUGGUACUACAGGGCCAUUCUGCCCUUCCUCUGCUUUUUGUCACCUUCCUGCAUGCUCACAGCAGAAAUGACUCUUCUCAUUGAAAUGCUGUCUGAAUGUGGCCCGCUCCAGGCAGACACAGUGCACCAGCAGCCAGACAUAAAGUAUGACAGAUAACUUUUAAGCAAAGGAGCAACAAAGCCAAGUUAGUGCUGAGCUGCUGGAAUACAGCAAAUGACUACAUCAUAAACCACAAUUCUUCCCAGCCAGGCUUUGCCGAAACUGAGUUGAUGUUAGUAGGCUAAUUCUUUAAACAGACACAGACU